UAUGGAAGACACUCUAGCUACCUUUAUUAGAAGUCAUAAAAAAAAUAAUAGACUACCCAACCAAGCUAUAGACAAAUUAACAAAAGAUGAGAUUCGUUCUCUGAUAGAGCUAGCUUGCUCAAAAGGUUCUGUGACAACUUUACUAACAGCUUUAUUUAACGCAAUAAAUGAGGAAGAAAGUGAUGAUAACAAACACAAAACAUUAUGGAUAUAUAAAUCUUGUUUGUCCUUGCUUGACGAGGAUUCUCUAGAUCCGAAAAGUUCGUCUGAACUAUGCGGAAUUGUUCAAAUUCAGCUGGAGAAAGCAUCAACAAACGACCUAGUUAGCCUUUCGUCUUUGUUUAUGUCUACUAUCAAACAGAAUACUGUAUCAUCUAAAAGUUUAGAAAUUUUACCGACAGUUUUGUCGAUUGUAUCUAAAAGAAAUGCAGUUGAAAGUGGUGAAAAUUCAUUUACCGGAAAAGAAUAUAAAUCUUAUUGCCUAAAUUCUAUAUGUGGUUGUAAAUGGGAUAAUAGUGUAGCAUUAAAAUUGGGAUUAAUAUUCCGAGAAGUUUCUUUCAGUCCUGAAGAAUUAAAGAUGCUACUAUUGAAGUUUAUAAAAAUUUUUCCAACGUUGUCUCUAAUGGAUUUGCCACCACUUGUGUAUAAUGUUUUGGCUCUUUCUUCGGAAGGACAUAGAAAGUAUGCCAUUGAAGGAGUGCUAAAAUUUAUCUAUGAAUUAUACAUCUUGAGUGAAAAUGACACUGAAGUGGAUUCCUCAACAAUAGAAGGUAAUAGCCGCAAGAAGAGUGACAUACGAGAAACGUGCGGGACCCUUUUACUACAUUGGUCUACAAUACUUAAUCAAGACUCUGAGUUUGGUAAAACACUAAUAAAAUUUUUGAAAACAUGUAAACUGUCAUUUUUGCUGUCACCAUUCACUCUUUCGUCGGCUCUUGUUGCGGCAAAGAUUCCCAGAUAUAGUGAUCAAAUAUAUGAUCUAUUGAAGAAUGCGGUACUUACGGUAAAUAGGGAAUCUAUCAGAUCUGUACAUAGUAACUGGUUCAGAAAAGAAGUUUCUGAACAUAUAGAUAUUGAUCAAACCAUGUCGGACUUUGUAGAAAAUUGCAAAGAUUGGGAUCAAGUUUGGGAAGAAUUAGUAAAAUUUGCUUUUUCUCUAUUGGAUGCCUACGGUCCAAGAGGUCUUGCUGUGAAAUGCUUAGGACUUAAUUCAUUUUAUUUUUCUGAUCGUCAAAAGAGCUGCUUAGUUGGUCAAAACUUAUUAAAGCAAUUUUUCAAGAUUCAACCUAUGACAAGAACCGAAGUUUUUGUGAAAAUAUUAGAUAAAAUUAUUACAAAAAGUUCCACCUCAGCUACUCCAUAUUUAGAUGUUUUAAAUUCUAUGGUAGCAUGUGGUCCACAGAGUAUCUUGGGGGCUCUAUCUCAUAUCAAUGAAGUACUUGAUCAUUUGAGUCAGUUGCCAUUUUCAACUUCCAUUGAAGUUGUGACAACAAUUGCCCCAUUAAUGACAUUGGAUUUUACAUUGAGAGACAGCGUAUUUAUCGUGCUAAAAAAAUUACUCUUUAACAAAUCCCCAGAAUGUCGUCAAAUUGGUGUUCAUGGUUUACUAACCGUUGUCAGAUCUUUCAAGAUUCUAGGAGAUAUUGAUCAGAAUUCGCAAACUCCUUUCAAUCAAUCAGCAAAUGAGAAUAUUUGCUUGGAAGCUCUUGCAAAUUUGAGAAGGGUACUUGAUCAACAACCAGCAGUUCGGCUGAAGCUAUAUGAAGGAACUCAUGAUUUGAUAAAGAAAAAUCCCUCUCUAUCAAAUAAUAUUGUAUCAGUUCUGUUAAAUCAGGUGAAAAAAUACUGUUUAAUGGAUGAAGACGAAAUUGCUGCAAUUAAUUUUGACAAAUGCAUAUCAACAAAAGAGAGUAUUGCCUAUGUUCAAGAACCAUUCGGCCAAUUAAUUGCGGCACUCGUCCACUCCUGCAUAAAAAUAGAAAAAGAUGUAACUGCUGACGACUUUAUACUAGAUGAGGAUGAAGACGAACAGAAAAUGUCUCAAAAAGCUGAAGAUUUUUUAGUUAUAUUUUGUAAAAAACUGGCGUCCAUGACAGUUGAAGAUUUUGAUUUGACUUCUGAAAUGGAUUUUACUGAUAACACUCAAGUGGGAAAGAGAAAUCAAAUAACCGUGUUUUUGGUUCUGAAUACUAUUGAAGCUUGUCUGGAGUACAAUAUUAGUUUUCAGGGCUACAGUAUUAAUGCUUCUGAAGAAACAUGUAAAUUAUUUGCUCUAUACUGCAAAUUGAGAUCAUUUAUGGAAAAAUCUGCAAAAAAAAAGGGGAAUUCUGCAACCAAGUGUCCGAUAACUUCGGUUUUAUCAUUCAGAUUUAUUGUAUUAGUAACAAAGACUUUAUUCUGCGAUAAUGAUCCUGAUCAUCAAGAUGGCUUGAAACUACUUCGAACUAAUGAAGAAUUCGUCUUAUAUAUCGUAUCAUGUCUGGUUCAAAAAUUAUCUACUCUAGCUUCUAAGGGAACUUGUGAUGGACCUGAUGGAAAAUUUGAAAACUUCAUUGUAAAAUUUUUGUAUAAAACUUCAAAGUUUUUAUAUAAGAUAGCUUUGAAUUAUGCUGAUGACAAUCAGAUGGAAUAUAUUGAUAUCAAAAAGAUAGGGGGUUUCGCUAUAGAAGGUUUGGACUACCUCUUUCAAGCUUUCAGUAAAUUCUAUCCGGAAAGUUUGAAUCCAGUUUUAACUGAUAUAGACAAAGCUUUGUCUCAAAGAUCCUCUUAUAAGGAUGCAGCCAUCAGUGCCUUCAUAGGACGGCUUCAAGGAAUACUUUUAAAAUUGACCAAUAUGGAUAAAGAUGCGGUUCACAUUCUUAGUAUCAUGAAUACUCUUAGCUACCACCUUCAGGUCGGAUGUGAAACUAUGACUGAGUUCGAAAAGUGGUUAGAUGAAACAUGCAGAGACAUUAAUCUUUCUAGUGAAAUUGUAUUUUUAAAGUCCUUAUUUUCUAUGACAUUUAUGAUCAAAAGAAGAAAUUCAAACUUGGAUCCUCUAUUGGAAGUAAUGUGCAGUAAACUACAAAUAAUUUUUGGUACUAACCAAGAAAAUGCAACAAUUGAUGAAGACUCUCAGGAGGAUUUGUAUUCGUGUCUUAAUAUUAGAUCGGGAGGGCCAAUUUUAAACAACAUUUUGUCCGAAUUGGAGAAGGAGAUGGAAGAUAUGAAGCUGUUGAUUGCUAUGCUUAAUCAUCAGCUAAAAAUGGAGGAGGAUUGUGGAGAAAAGUCACAAGAAUCUAUUGAAAAGAGUAUUUGUGGAAAAUUGUUUAGGAUGGCGAACUCUUUACAAGAUUGUAUGCAAAGUGCUCUGCCAUUGAGUUGUAUCGACAGUAUGAUUAAAAUUUCGACGGAAAUUUAUAACACCCUGAAAUCCUUUACGAAAUAUUUUAUCGACGCUCAUACAAGUCUCAAAUACGUUUUCCCGAACAAGUUUGAAAGAUUGAAUAGAUACCUGGGCAAAGAUUUUAAGAAAGCUUGUUACGACUUUAUUAAUUACAUAAAAAAAUCUCACCAUGAAAAAGCUGUUGAAAAGAAAAACGUGGACGCUCGUACAACAAGACAAAACAAAUUUAUUCCUCGACUUAUACUCGAGAUGGAGCAGUUUGAAAGUCGACUAAUAAAAUUGGAUAAAAUUACAAAGAGAGAUUUGAUGUCAAAUUUUAAAAUUAGCACAGCAAGAGAUUUCCAAAUUGAUCCAGAACUCUUAACAAAUGCUAUUGAAGCUCAGGUAAGGACUAAUCAUUCGGAUGACGAAGAAGUUAUAGAACCACAAGGAGAAGAAUCAGACGAAGUGGUGGCCUCUCAAGAUGAAGAACAAGAAAAUGAUGUUCCAACAUCCCCAAAAAGGCAACGAUUAGAUACCAGCCGACAAUCUUCAAGAGCAGCUUCUCAAAUCUCAAACGUAUCAAGGAUUAGUAAGGCUUCUAAAACGUCAAGAACAUCAUCGAGACCAAGAGUUCUAAAGUCGAUGGACAAAAGCAAAGUUGGCAGAAAGAGAAAGUUAGGAAUGAGAUUGAAUACGCGAUAA